AUGACACUUCCGUGGGAGAAAGUCGAGUCAAGUGGUCCGAGUGUGGUGGACAACGUUGUAGAAGGAUGGAUUCUGGCGCCUCGGUACAAGCAGACCAUCGAUUGGAGCAGAAUUAACGAGGGAUACAGACGAGAAGGUUUACCGAAUGAAAAAUUUGUAAACUUAAUAACGUCAUCUGCUUUUUUUCCAGAUGUGCGACGACAUCUGGGAGGUCUUCCGGGAAUCGUUGGCGCCAAAGUGACAAACGAUCAAAAUGCGGCCUCGAUGAAAGAGUUCGAAGACUUCUGCGAGGAGAACAUCUGUGUCCGGCACACCGACCGCACCGAAACACCUUCCGAAUGGACACUCGACAGACCGUUGGACUUGUCCAUACCGGAUACCCGCCUCAUCAAAAAUCUGAAUGUGCACAAAGUGUACGAGCUGAAUGCAGUCCAGCGAAGAGUGGUUCCUCUCAUCCGCGAGGGCCGUUCAGUUAUCGUCGAGGCGCCGACGGGCAUCGGAAAGACGUACGCGUUUCUGAUUCCGAUUGUGGAAAGAGUUCUUGCGGAGCAAGCGGCCGGAAACGGAAGGAAUGCGUCGAAGCCGAGUCCCUACGUGCUCGUCCUUUCGAGCACUGGCCGUCUCGCCACUCAGAGUUACAACCGGUGCAACCUUGUGCUCGGAAUGCGUGAAGACGACAGAGUGCAGCCGAUUUUCGAGGUCAAAAUCGAUCGGCUGGUGGCUGAUCACAAGUUUACGAACACUGAGUGCGACAUCGCGUUCGCCACGAUGGGAAAGUUGAAGCAAAUGAUCGAAGACGACUCUCUGUGCCUUGACAAUCUGAGAACGAUCAUCAUAGACGAGGCGGACAAAAUGGUGGACUGCAGCUCGUUUGGAAUGGAUGUCCAGUGGCUAUUCGAGAAACUCAAAGAAGAGGUGCGCGCUAGCCUCCAGACUUGCUUCUUCUCGGCCACCUAUUUGAAACAGCAGGACGGAGAAGUUUCUCAGACUGGUGUCAUGCUGAAUAUGCUCGCAGACAGGGAAUAUUCAUACGUUCAUUGCCCAAGAAAAUCUGGCUACAUCAAGCAAUUUGUCAUUCAAAUUCCGCGGCCGGAUUUCAGUCUUACCAACAACACAUGGCUCAGAAAAAUGAUCGAGAUCCGUAAGCUCAUCGAUGCGGAUCUUGCCGAGCAGAACACGCGAAAGGAGGGUCCGUACAAGCAGACGAUGAUUAUUUUCUGCGAGCAAGUGACCCGUGUCGCUCAAGUUACGAUGGCUCUCCGCCAAAUGGGCUACAAUUUCUAUCCGAUGAGCCGUCAAGUCCUAAAAGAUCAGCAGGAAAUCUAUCUGAACGACCUGGCUCAUCUCAGAAUUCACGGUGUCGUGAGCACGAACGUCUUGGCGCGAGGAAUCGAUGUCCCUUCGAUCAAACACGUCAGUUGCGCAGCUUUCAUUUCUACUCGAACCAUUCUUUUUCUAGACAGUCGUCAUGGAAAUGUCUACCGAUUUGGACACGUACAAGCACCGAAUCGGGCGCGUCGGGCGAGAUGGAUCGGGCGGAAAAGCGACGGUCUUCAUAGACUCGAUCAGCAUGACUUGCCCACGGACGGCCAAUACCGUCGAGAUGCUUGUUGAUUACCUCAUGGAGAGUGAAGAAGAGGUGCCCGAAUGGCUGAAGAAGUGGUACAACGAAAGACAGGAGAUGCUCCAUGAAUACGAGAGCCAGUCUCAACGCUACUUCUGA